AUGGCAUCAUUCGCCAAUCCCACACAGAUCUUUGCCGACGAUGUGGUCGAGGAGAAGGGUGAGAAUGCCCGUUUGUCGGCCUUCGUUGGAGCUAUCGCCGUUGGAGAUCUCGUGAAGAGCACAUUGGGCCCCAAGGGCAUGGACAAGAUCUUACAGUCUGCUUCAACCGGAGAUAUUCUGGUGACAAAUGACGGUGCAACCAUCCUGAAGUCGAUUGCAUUAGAUAACGCCGCCGCGAAAGUGCUGGUCAACAUCUCCAAGGUCCAGGACGAUGAGGUCGGUGAUGGUACCACCUCUGUCACGGUUCUCGCGGCCGAGUUGUUACGGGAGGCGGAGAAGCUUGUGAACUCCAAAAUUCACCCUCAGACCAUUAUUGAGGGCUACCGGAUAGCUAGCCGUGCCGCCCUGACUGCUCUCGAGGCGGUUGCCGUCGACCGAAGCAAGGACCCUGAGGCCUUCCGAAAGGACCUACACUCGAUCGCCCGUACCACCCUCAGCUCCAAGGUGCUAUCUCAAGACCGUGAUCACUUCGCCCGCCUGGCCUGCGAGGCCGUCCUCCGCCUGAAGGGUUCAACCGAUCUCAGUCAUAUUCAGAUCAUCAAGAAGGCGGGUGGUAAAUUGAACGAUUCGUAUCUGGAUGAAGGUUUCAUCCUCGACAAGAAGAUUGGAGUCAACCAGCCUAAGCGGUUGGAAAAUGCAAAGAUCCUAGUCGCGAACACGGCCAUGGAUACGGACAAGGUCAAGAUCUUCGGUGCUCGAGUCAAGGUUGAAUCAACCGGCAAGCUCGCCGACCUGGAGAAGGCAGAGCGCGAGAAGAUGCGUGCCAAGGUUGAACGAAUCAAGUCACACGGUAUCAACUGCUUUGUCAACCGUCAACUCAUCUACAACUGGCCUGAGCAGCUCUUCACCGAGGCCGGUAUCAUGUCCAUCGAGCAUGCUGAUUUCGAUGGUAUUGAGCGCUUGGCCCUGGUCACGGGCGGCGAGAUCGCUUCUACUUUUGACCAUCCAGACCAAGUCAAAUUGGGUGGCUGUGACUUGAUUGAGGAGGUCAUCAUUGGUGAGGAUACUUUGAUCAAGUUUUCUGGGGUGGCUGCCGGUCAAGCCUGCACUAUCGUGCUACGUGGCGCCACCGAGCAGCUUCUGGACGAAGCUGAGCGCUCGCUCCACGAUGCGCUUGCAGUGCUGUCUCAGACGGUCAAAGACCCUCGGGCUACGCUCGGCGGUGGCUGCGCCGAGAUGGUGAUGGCCAAGGCGGUUGAACAAGCGGCGCAAAACACCACCGGCAAGAAGCAACUGGCUGUGGACUCAUUUGCUCAUGCGCUCAAGCAGUUGCCUACAAUCCUGGCCGAUAAUGCUGGUCUGGACUCAAGCGAUUUGGUUACCCGACUUCGCCAGGCGAUCAACAAUGGUAUGACCAGCUCUGGCCUGGAUUUGCUUACCCCGGGUGGUGGCAUCGCCGACAUGCGAGACUUGGGUGUGGUAGAGGCAUACAAGCUGAAGAAGGCUGUGGUGUCAUCAGCCUCAGAGGCUGCGGAGCUCCUUCUCCGUGUCGACAACAUCAUUCGUGCUGCCCCGCGUCAACGCCAACGCAUGUAA